AGAAGUGAAUGGGUCCCGAAAGCUCGCGAGAUUCGGUGGGCAGGACGGAGAGCUAGCUAAAGCUAAACAGUCUGUCGGAGGCAAAUAAAACUAAAACCAAGCACAAAUAUGUCUGGACGCUCGGUUCGCGCUGAGACACGAAGCCGCGCUAAAGAUGACAUGAAGAAAGUGAUGGCGGCCAUUGAGAGGGUCAGAAGAUGGGAAAAGAAAUGGGUCACUGUCGGAGACACAUCUUUGAGGAUAUUCAAAUGGGUACCAGUGGUGGAUACAAAAGAAGAGAAGAGUAAGGUGGUCCCGGCUGGAGCAGUCAGGGAGCUGAAUAGCUUCUCCACAGAUCCAGCCUCAGAAAACACACAUUCAAGUCAUCUGGAUUUUCAUGAUGAGAACAGUAACCAGAGCUCUCUGUCUGAUGCGUACCAGCCCAAAGUGGACAGCAGCAGUAACUCUAGCCCCCAGCCUAGUGAACCUCUGAGCCCCAAGAACCUGUGUGACUUCCGCACAGAUGACUCACAGCCCCCGACUCUGGGCCAGGAGAUCAUGGAGGAGCCGUCAUUGCCAAGUGAACUGGCUGACGAACCUCCGUUGCUAAUUAAAGAGGACUUGUUGCCCCUCACUACUCAGGAGGAAGAGGAGUGUUCUGGAGCUCCACCACUGAAGAGGGUGUGUUCUGAGCAGAACUCUGUCCUGCAGAGCUCCUCAAUGAUGAGCUAACACACUGCAUCAGACUCGGACCCAAUUCACUUCAGGCACUUUGUUGAAUCUCAUUUUUUGAUUUGGAAAAAUUGUCUAUCAUUUUCAAUGACAGACAUUUAUGGUUCAUAAAUUGAACAAAACAUUUUAAACAAAUUGAACUCUCAACUAAUUUGCUGAUUUUAAAAUAAAAAAUGUUUUGAACCAGG